AUGCAGAGAUCCUUCGCCUGCCUCCUGGAGCAGAGCCGGAGCCGCAGCUCUGACCUGGCCCUCAGUGCCUCCUACCUGGAGAUCUACAACGAGCAGGUCCGGGACCUGCUGAGGCCGGGGCCGCCGUGCGCCCUGCCCCUGCGGUGGAGCAAAACCCGCGGCUUCUACGUGGAGAACCAGCUCAGCGUGGACUUCGAGAGCCUGGAGGCCAUCGCCGACCUGCUCCUGCAAGGAUCCCAGAGGCGACGGACCUCGGCGCACGCCCUCAACAGGCACUCGAGCCGCAGCCACGCUCUUCUGACCAUCCACGUCCGCCACCGGGCUCCCAGCGCCUGCCCCAGCAAGCAGGGCACGCUGUGCUUUGUGGACCUGGCCGGCAGCGAGCGGGUGAAGGAGACCGGCUCCAGUGGGGAGCUCUCUGUGGAGGCCAACAACAUCAACCGCAGCCUCCUAGCGCUGGGUCACUGCAUCUCUCUGUUGGCCAAACCCCGAGGGAAGCGGACGCACAUCCCCUACCGAGACAGCAAGCUCACCCGGCUGCUGGCCCGCUCCCUGGGUGGCUCGGGCAUCACCCUGAUG